AUGGCAUAUAUGAAUCGCUGUUCGCUCCCCAGUGUGAUAACUGUCGCCUCCGAAAGGACUUCGCCAUGCUCCAAUUGUCGAAUUGGAAAAACAAUAUGUCGAACAACCCCUCGGGUGAAGGAGCAGCGCCAACGAGUGCUGAUUUCGCAUCAAUAUGAAAAGAAGAUCGAGACUAUCGAUGAGCGUUUGUCGACUAUAGAGCGUUUGUUACAGGACCUUACUCUAUCGUUGCCCGCGGCCGCAACUGCACAGUCAACCCCUAGAAUACCACAACCACCUUCAUCAAGGCAUAAUGAUGGCUCAAAUGUACCUGUGAUCAUACAAAACUCGGAAGAGACUGAGACGAAACGCACCCCAGAGUUUGAAGGCGAGUCAUCAUUUAGUGCUCACUCAGUGCAUGCUGGUGCUCUCUUCGAGAGUGCUAUGAAAAGAAUACCCUUUGCACAAGUGCCGAUGAUGUCCCAUGCUUUAUCUGCACUGCAGGAUAUAAUAAAACGUCAAUCACUGCCGUCGUCUGUGAAUGUUUUACGAUUCCCUGGCCAACCGCCUAAAAAGAGAAUAAAUUUCUCUGAGUUGGAACUGCCCCCUUCAAGCGCCGUUUUGGCUCUUCUCAGGCUUGCGAAUGAAAACCCGCCUCUUUUCUUCCUCACGCUACCGGUGAUGAACAUAACACGUUUUACACAAAUGUGUAAAGAUCUCUAUUUUUGCACAGAAGAAUACUCGUCUGGAAGAUUUGCUUCUGUCAACUCCAUUUUGGGGCAUCUAUUCAAGGAGAUUUCAUUCCGGUUUAAAGAUGACCCAGCUACCGCCAAGUUCAACGAAUACAGUGAGCUCUGUAUGUCGAAUUUUACAGUAGUGAUUAGUUCUUUUGAUAUGUUUACAGAGCCAAGUUUGGAUAACUUGAUGGCCUUGACAUACGCUGUCCUUCAUGCAACCGAAGCUGCGAAAAUAUCUCUAUGCUGGAACUUCGUGGCGAAUGCCGCUCGUAUGGCUCAGAGCCUUGGAUACCACCGCUCUGUUGCAUCUAAGGAUGACACGCCUGAUGAUGCUACCGUGAAAAUCGAUACCCAGGAAGCAUACCAUAAAGCGCAUAUUCAAUGGAUUGUCCCAGCUUCAGAGUUGACAUAUAAUUUGAUAGCCACUAUAAUCCAACGUGCCGCGCCACCAACUCAACCACCCGAGACUCCCUCUGGCCUCAAUUUACAGUGUGUUCAAGCAGCCCGUAAAGCUCUACAGAUACACCAGCAGAUAUUUGUUUCUCUUGAAAAAGCCGAUUCGUUCUUUUUCAGCGGAUAUAUUACCUGGGUCCUCUUGCAAUGUCCUUUUGCUCCGUUUAUGGUAACCUUCUGCCAUACAAUCGCAGCCUCUGACCACGACGACCUCAAGCUACUUGGUGAAGUUGCAACAUCCCUUCGAGUAGCAGCUGAUGUCUCAGAAGCAGCGGACCGACUGUACCGGCUAUGUCUGGUAUUUUAUCAAGUCGCAAAGUUAUAUGUGGAUGUUCAACCAAAGGAGCCACACGACUAUCCUGUGAUACCGAAACCAGGGGAAGCCUUCGACGAAUACCUCACAUCUCUUGGGUUUGGGCCUAAUACCCUGACAGCCGAGACGACCGAGAACAGCAACAACAUCAAUUUCAGCGACCCGAGUGAGCCUUCUAUAUCAGCAUUCCAAAUGCCACCCGAGAUGAUGGAGACAGAUCUGUCACAUACCCUUGGAGACUGGUUCCUUGACAACCAGUACAUGAUGGGUUUGUUAGAUUCCGAUUUAUAA